CUCAAACAACCUGCUUUCGGGGGAAGCUAACAAGUUAGCCUCGUAAAACUGUUUGGAUCUUUAUAAAGAGUCCAGAAACACACGUUGCUUCAAGAAUGAUGGACCGAGAACUGACCGAAGAGGAACUGCAGGAUUUGUUCGCAUGGAUAGAUAAAAUCCCCCUGUCCCGGCCCAAAAGACACAUCACAAGAGACUUCAGCGACGGAGUGAUGGCUGGUGAGGUUGUGAAAUAUUUCUUCCCAAAGCUUGUUGACCUGCACAACUAUAUUCCUGCAAACUCCACACAGCAGAAGCUCAGCAACUGGAACCUCCUCAACAGGAAGGUGUUUUCCAAACUGGACUUUCACGUGCCGGAGGAGACAGUGAAGAAGAUUGCACUGAGCACUGCAGGAGUGAUAGUGCCUGUACUGAGCGUCCUCAGGGAGAAAAUAGAAAAGAAGCUGGAGCACAUCAACGACAAUAUGCUAGAUUUGGAAUAUUAUGACACCAGGAACCAGGAGAAACUUCAUGCAGAAAUUCCUCAGACUGAAGCAAAACUUCCAGCUCAAGUUGCUGAGAUGAAAAACGAUAACAGACAGAAAAAUGGUAAACUGCAGCACACAGCCCAGUUUUACUCAGACAGGGAUCCAACUUUCCAGCUAUUCCUGCAGGAAAAGGAACAAGCAGUCAUGGCUUUGCAGGAGACUGUGGAGAUCCUCCAGAUGAAAGUGAGCAGGUUAGAACAUCUGGUUCACUUGAAGGACAUGCGUAUUGAAGAUCUGACGCGGCAUCUGGAGACGUACAAAGCGAAAGGCAUUAAGCGCUGACGUGCAACGCGCAUUCACACACAAAGAAUUUGUUAGAGCCGUUCUGAGACAUGACCGUGUAACAUGAGCGCCAAUAAACCUUUAUUUUAUUAAAAACAAAUGAUGAGCACUUAAUAAAGAACUGAGGUUAC